UUUAUAUUCAUUAUUCGGAAAUAACAUUUUCCCAUCUCUAUCAAGGUUCCUUCGUCACGUGUAUUUCCCCUUGGACUAAAAUACAAUUGUAAAGCCAGUCUCUCCUCGUGAAAUUGAAUGAGUAACGAACUGUAAUUUUCUUUUAAAAGUACACCUUUGAAAUUGUAUGUAGUAGCAGAAUCAUUAUAUGUAAAUAAUAUAUGACUAAAAGAUACAGUUUCAAAGGAAACCUAUCAUUAUAUUAAACACAUUUAAUGAGCUACUGUACUAGUGAAGUAAGUGGUGUACAUACGACUAUAUUUUUUUAAUUGCCUUAGUACAAGAUCAAAGUUCAGAAUAUUCUAUAAAGCAAAUGUAUCAUUAUGGUCUUAACAAUUGAUACUAAUAAUCGACUACUUUCAAGUCACAGUAUGUGUCCGUUUAAAAGCAAACUGUUCAGUAAAGUAGAAAUUAGUGUAAAAUAUGGAUGAAUUCCAAAUUGUUUAAGACAGUAGCAAUAUCUUCAUAUUAUCAGUUAUUUGGACUAUUAGAUUUACGGAUGUGUUGUUUGCUUAGAAUAUAUUCCUUGUAGUAGACAAAUUUUAAAAUUACUAAUGCAUAUUUCUUUAGCAAACCAUCCUUUUUUAUCAAUGUUAACAGUAUAAAUAUAAUGAAUAUUGAAAAUUAUAUAUUCAUAAAUCAGUUAGUGCUCAAGUUUGUUGGACUUUACCCGAUAAAUAUUGUGAGAUACAUUGUAUGCAUUAGUUGUAUUAUACUUAUCGUGAUACCACUAAUAGCACAAAUUUAUAUAAAUUUGGAAAAUCUCAAUAUUCUUCUGGAAACAAGUUCAGUUUUACUCACAAUUUCACUUUCUAUACUAAAAUCAUUAAUUUGGAUGUUUAAUCGAACAAAUUUGGAACCUUUUAUAAAUUUCAUGUUAAUAGAUUAUUGGAAAAUAGUUAGAACUGAUGUUUUUGGGCAUUUACACGAGUAUGCAAUACGUGCUAAAAACAUUACAAAGGGAUAUUUAUUUUUAAUAUUUAAUGCAUUACUAUUUUUCUUUAGUUUACCCAUUAUUGAAACGCUUAUUACUACAAUGCAAGAUUCGACUAAUAAUUUAACAAAGAAGAGUUUUCCAUUUGUUGCAUUGUAUCCUUUAGCUUUCUAUAAUUUUCCCUUCUACGAGAUUAUUUAUGUAUCUCAAAUACUGGCAACGACUGUCUGUGGCCUGAUGAUACUUGCAACUGACACCCUAAUUGCAACUGCUUUACUUCAUACAUGUGGGCAUUUCAAAAUUCUUAAAGAAAAUUUAAAACAACUAGAUUCCGACAUUUAUUGUAUAAAUAGUUUGAAGAACAACUUGAAAAUAAAGAUUCAAGUGGUGCAUGUAAUUAAACAUCAUCAAGUAAUUCUUUGGUUUUGUGAUAAUAUGGAAAAGAAUUUUCAUUUAAUCCUCUUUCUGCAAACUAUGGCCAGCUCCCUUAUAAUUUGUUUCGUCGGAUUUCAGGUUUCUGUAGCAUUAAUGGAAAAAUCUAAAUUAAUUAGAUACUUUUCUCAUUUUACGAUGGCACUUUUUCAACUAUUACUAUUCUGUUUCCCUGGAGACAUUUUAAUCUCCGAGAGUUCUAGUUUAAAUAGAGCUGUAUAUUCUAUACAGUGGUACGAAUUGCCAGCUUUCAUUAAGAAUGAAGUGUGCAUGUUCAUGUUACGUUCUCAAAAACCUAGUUACGUUACCGCUGGAAAAAUAUACGUAAUGCAUUUAGAAAACUUCACAUCGACACUUAGUACUGCACUUUCAUAUUUUAUGAUGCUUCGACAUUUCAAUUCAGAACCUUGAGACCAAAGAAUUGAUUUGUAUCAUUCUAAAUACUUGUAAUGCAUGUUUUUCCUAUAUACAGCUUACAAGUGGAUCGUAUACAAAUGGAGUGAGUACACUUAAUAAAGUGCUACAUUGUUGUCGAAGAACCCUCAUAGUUAUUUCACAAGCACGUCUAAAUGGUCCUUCAAUUUUUAACGGUCCCAUAGCAUCUACCAUGU